AUGACCGAGGAGCUUGUGUUGAAUACACCCUCAAAGCGUUCACCAAAGACAUUAUGUUUUCACGGCGCUUGGGCUUGGAUCAUACAAAUAUUCCUUAUAACAUUCCUCGUUGUUGGCAUAUUGUAUAUUUUGCGCAAAAUCAAACAAGGUCCAUACUACCGCAAGCGAAAUCGCAUCGACGACAAGGUCGUCAUUAUCACUGGCUGCAAUAGUGGCAUUGGCAAAGAGAUCGCGCUGGAGCUCGCGCGGCGUGGCGCUCGCAUUUAUAUGGCCUGCCGUGAUGCUGCGCGUUGCGAGGCUACUCGACUGAAUAUUAUUGAGCGCACGGGCAAUCAGCAAAUCUACAACCGCACCCUGGAUCUGGCUUCUUUGGAGUCGGUGCAUCAGUUUGCAGCGCGCUUUAACGCGGAAGAACAACGACUGGACAUUUUAGUGAACAACGCAGGUGUUAUGGCUAUACCACGCUCAAUGACUGCCGACGGUUUUGAGUACCAAUUCGGCGUCAACCAUUUUGGACAUUUCUUACUCGCUAAUCUACUGCUUGAACGUCUGAAGGCAGCCGCGCCGAGUCGCGUAGUCGUAAUGAGCUCCUUCAUGCACCUCUUCGGACGCAUUAACAAGGACGAUCUGAACAGUGAGCUGCGUUAUUCGAAGAUCUUCGGCUCUUAUAGUAACAGUAAGUUAGCAAACAUACUUUUCACCCGCAAGUUGGCGACAAUAUUGGACGGUACUAGCGUAACAGUAAAUUGUUGCAAUCCUGGAAUGGUGUAUACCAAAUUAAUGUUUAAGAACCAAACGCCAACUUGGCUGUGGGACAUCAUCUACAAGCUUUACGGACUAGUCGCUCGCACACCCCGCGCAGGUGCACAGACCGCGCUACGUGUAGCGCUUGAUCCAAGCUUGGAACGUUCGACAGGCGGCUACUACUCUUACUACAUACGAUGGCCACUACCACCGUGGGCCACGGACAAAAAGAUGACUGACUGGUUGUGGCGUGAGAGCGAGCGGUUGGUUGGGUUAAGCAGAACCGAACGUAUUGAGACAAUCGCCGUGUGAGACAAGGUUAAGGCAGAUGUAUGAAGUUUGA